UAGUGACUGCACAGGCAAAAAAAAUCACUUAUAUUUAGGGUGCAACUUGGAGGUAAAUAGGUGUUAGUUUUUUGUUUUAAUUGGCAAUGGUGCGCCCCCUUCUUCAGCCUCCCUGGGCAACUUCCCAAGUUGACCAAAUUAAAUCACCACUGGAUGUUACUGACUUUGUUGCUCAUCUGUUCUUGAAUUUCUUUACGUUGGGGCAUUAUCAGUUGCUUUUUGAGAUCUUUAAAAUCUUUUACCCUACAGCAACCAGGCCUAGAUGUGGCUGGUGUUGUUGAACCAUAAAACAAAGUUAAUCACAGUUAAUUCAUGACUUAACAAGGAGGUUAAUUACUUUUUCACACAGUGCCAGGCUGGUUUGGAAAGCUGUUUCUCUCCAACAGAUCCCAGGACCCGGUCAUCUCUGCAGCCGCAGCCACCUGGACUCUAAUUAUUAACACAGUGAGGCAGAAGGAAGAGGAGCUGACGGCUGGAGGCAGACUGAUAAAUGCACAGAGACAGAGGCAGAGAGUGGAUGGAUAAUAAGGUGGAGGGACGUGGACAGUUACCAGAGAAUCAAAUGGACAGGCAACAAGACAGGUGGACAAAUAAGGCCGUCAGAGGGACAGCUUUAAAGCACCUUCAGCCGGGUUCUGAUUGGCUUGUGAAUUUCUUUCUUUGAGCUGAAUUCAAACAUUUUCUCCAAGGAGUUGAAUAAAUCCAACCAAUACGUCAUCGUCCUCAUCCCGCUCCCGUUUUUUUCAUUAAUUUGAUUGGCACAAAGAGCGGAUGAGAGUAGGGGUUUGUGGUUGCCGUGGCAACGGACUGCUCUUUGUGAAAGGCUACGUUGCUGGCAUCUGAUGCGUCUGCGCUGCGAUCGAUAAACCCCCCACCCUACAGGGACUGAUGACCAGAGCGGACCGGGGCUUUCACCAGGGCCCGGCUCGGAGAACCGGGGAGAGAGCAGGAGCUGGGAGGAGGAUGUGCCGACAGGAGAACGGAGAGAUUAGAUGGAGAUAGGAGGAGGAGGAGAGGAAGACAGAGGGAGGUAUGGAGAUAAGAGCGGUGCAGCAGAUAGCAGGGCUCCUUCUGCCUCAUCUCGGCUAUUUUCUGACACUUUGCAAUCAAAGUAAGGGCUUGUUCGUGAUGGUGCUCUGUUUGCCAUGAUGGUGGGCAACGUGGGUAAAAGAGACAUGCACCACCCAGCCCAGCACCACUGCCACCUCCUCCUGGGCGGGGCCUUGCUGAUUGUCCUCACAAGCUCAGCUUUGAGCUGCCCUGCCCGAUGUGAGUGCUCUGCCCAAACCAAGUCUGUCAGCUGCCACCGCAAGCGCCUGCCCAGCAUCCCUGAAGGCGUACCCAUUGAGACACGCACUCUGGACCUCAGCAAGAACAAGCUACGCCUCAUCACAGCGUACAACUUCUCCUCCUUCCUGCAGCUGGAAGACCUUGAUCUCAGCGACAACCUUAUCAGUGUGCUCGAACCUGGCUGCUUUCACUCUAACCUUGCUCUCCGCUCGCUCAAUUUUCGCAGCAACCAGCUCAUGCUGGUUGCUAAGGGAGUGCUAUCAGGCUUGACGAAUCUCACCCACCUCGAUCUGAGCCACAACCGACUGGUGAUUCUCCUGGAUCAUGCCUUCCAGGAUCUGCACAGAUUGACAUUCCUGGAGGUUGGUAACAACCAACUGGUUUUCAUCUCUCAGCGGGCCUUCACGGGAUUACUUGGAAUUCAGAGUCUGACGUUAGAACGGUCCAAUCUGACUGUGGUUCCGACCGAUGCUUUGGCACAUCUGCACAAUCUCAUUGAGCUACACAUGCGCUUUCUGAGCAUUAGUUUUCUCAAACCUUUCUCCUUUAAGAGGCUAACUCGUCUCCGCCACCUGGACAUUGAUUUCUGGCCGUUGCUGGAAACUCUGCCUCCACUCUCACUGCAUGGCCUCAACCUGACAACCUUGUUCAUAACCAACACUAACUUGUCUGCCUUUCCUGGUGUAGCACUACGCAAUCUGCCCUACCUCACACACCUUAAUCUGUCCUACAGCCGCAUCCAGCACAUCCACCAAGGAGAGCUUGGUCACCUCCCUCAGCUGCAGGAGCUUCGCCUCCAAGGGGCUCAGCUACUUUCCAUUGAGCCCCUUGCAUUUGUGGGCCUUAAAUCCCUUCAGCUAUUGGAUGUGUCACAGAACCGCCUGGACUCUCUGGAGAGGGGGGUGUUUGCCUCAGCCGACACCCUGCAGAGGCUUUGUCUCGGUGGAAACCCACUUGUGUGUGACUGCAGGUUGCUUUGGCUUCUUAACAGCUACAAGCCUCCUUCUCUGCAGAUUCUAGACAUCCAGCCUGAGUGCAGUGCACCACAGCACCUCCUGGGCAGAACUCUCCGUGAUCUCAAGGAGCCUCUGGUGUCAAGGUACAUGACCUGCACCAAGCCACGGAUCGGACCCAACACAACACAGCUACUGAUGGCUAAUGAGGGUCAACCGGUGCAUCUGAGCUGCACGGCGGAGGGAGCGCCUCGGCCCUCUGUGGUCUGGAUUACACCUCAUAGACGCUACAUCACGACUAAAAGCAGCGGUAGGGUGGAGGUGCAACCAGACGGCACCCUGGAGAUCAAGGCUGCUGAGCUGCAUGACAGUGGUGUGUACUUGUGUGUUGCCAGUAACGCUGCUGGCAACGCCAGUCUGUCGGCAUCCUUAGCUGUGAAGAGCCUGGGCAUCGGGGACAGAUCUUACUAUAGCAACAGGAGCUCAAACUAUCUGACAGACUCUAACAGCACAUGGGGGAAUGGAACAGUGUUGUACAACAUGACAGUUCCUAUUGACAUGAAGACUAUACUUAUAUCUGCAGCUAUGGGCUGUCUGUCCUUCCUAGGUGUGGUCGUUUUCUGCUUCCUUCUUCUGUUUGCCUGGAGCCGGGGGAAAGGACGACAUAAGAGUAACUUCGAUAUCGAGUACGUCCCGCGGAAAUCCAAUGGGGCAGCUGCAGACGUGGCGGAAACAAGCGGCCCACGGCGAGUUAACAUGAAAAUGAUCUGAUGCUGAUAAAGACUAACACACAUAUCAGUCAAAAAACAAAAUGUUUUUGUUUGUUUUUUUAUGAAAAAGUGGAUUUGUGACAAACGAAAGUGAUGUACUGUUAUAGUGGAUGUGGAUAUGACGGUGGUCUAGUGAUAAAGUGGACUUGUGAAAUAUGAAACCGUGUUUAUAUGAAAUAAUGUUCUCAUACAGUACACUGAAUAUAAUGCUAUAACCAACAUAUCAAUAUGGGACUGAUAUAAUGCUGCACUAGGCGUGUGAUUCGGUGGAGAUGUGAAGAGUAAUGAUAUUGUUGAGUCAUGUGACAUCAAGGUGAAGGAGGGAGCUGCUAGGACAGACGGGGACAUCGCUGCGUGGCGGUACAGCUGUCAUCACUGCAACGUGUCACGACUAAAUUGUCUAGUACCCAUCUUAGCUGCAGUGUGAAAGAUGUGUGUGUGUGUGUGUGUUUCUUUGUGCAUGUGCACGCAUUGCCUUUCUCGUAUGGUGGAGCAGUUAAACUAAAUGUUGGGGUCCAAAGCAUUUUUUUCUUUUUUGUACCAACAGUAACGUCCCUGUUGAUUAAAACAGGUGUUUGUAUGCAAACCCAAAAUUAAUCUAUAUUGAAGAAAUGCUGCAUCAGUAGUAAAGUAGGUCAUUGCCCCACCAUCCUGCCCCUACCCCCCAAACAAAAGACUAAUGGGUUUUUUUCUGAACUUGAAAAGGUGUUUCUUGGCUGUACCUUUCAGGAAAACAUGCUUCUCCUGGUAAACAGUAGUGUCCGGGGUCUGUUUUUCAUCUGAACAAAAAGAGGAAAAACAUUUUCCAGCCACAGAAAGUGAUGUUAAACCCAUUUUAUUACAUAAUAAAUCAUGGGCCGAUUUUCCUGCCAGACAAAUCCUUCGAUAUAAUAUAAAAGAGUCGGUGGCCAGACACAGUGGCAAAGAUUUACGGGCUGGCAUCCUCUUUGGACCAGACCAAGCUGAGCUUUACAGAUUUAUGUGCUGACCCCCCCUCAGUGGUUCUUUGAUCGAAACAUUUAAAGUUGUCUAUAUCGCCCGCCCCCUUCCUAAAAGGCAGUUCUGAAUGUUGUAGUGGCUUGUUCCCGUUUUGUUUUGUUCUGUUUUUGUUGACAAUGUUUUUAAUGUUUAUGGUGGGAAAAAUAAGUACAACAUUUAAGGGCAACUCUUUGUAAUGCAGGGAGGUGGGUGUUAAUUUGUGUGAUCCUGUUGUGAUAAAAUGUUCAAGGUUGUAUAAUUGUUUUCAUAUGAGAAAUUUAUGGAUAUAUUUUCAAAAGGAAAUAAAUCUUAACCUUGCCCCUAAA